AUGGAAGAUCAACCUAGUAACAAGUUUCUUCACAUUGCUGUUUUCCCAUGGCUUGCUUUUGGUCAUAUUAGUCCUUUCUUUCAACUUUCUAAACUCAUUGCUCAAAAGGGUCAUAAAAUUUCAUUCAUUUCCACACCUAGAAACAUCAAACGCCUCCCUCCACUUCCUCCUAAUUUACAACCUUUCAUCAAUUUUGUGGAACUCCCACUUCCACAUAUAGAUCAACUACCUGAGAAUGCAGAAGCCACUAUGGACAUUCCACCACAUAUUGUUCCAUAUCUCAAGAAAGCAUUUGAUGGUCUUCAACAACCUUUGACUCUAUUUCUGGAAACAUCCACUCCUGACUGUUUCAUAUAUGACUUUGGACCUUAUUGGUUACCGCCAAUAUUAUCAAAGCUUGGCGUCUUAACCAUCUAUUUCUCAAUUUUCAGUGCAUUUGGUAUUUCUUGUAUAGUGGAAGUAUUUGUUCAAAAGUCAAAUGAAGAGGAGAAUAUUAUUUCUAAUGUCCACUAUGAACAAAAUGAAUCUGGUGUUUCCGAUAUGUAUAGGGUGAAAGGAACUCUAUUUUGUGCUGAUUUUAUUGUUGUAAGAAGUUGCAUGGAGAUUGAAGGUAAGGCUCUAGAAUCGAUUGAAAAUCAAUCCAAGAAAAAAGUGAUUCCAGUUGGAUUAUUGCCACCUUCACUAGAAUUCAGUGAAGAGAAAAAGGAUGAAAAUUGGGAUACAAUCCUUAAGUGGUUGGAUAAACAGGAAAAACAGUCAGUGGUAUAUGUUGCAUUUGGAAGUGAGGUGACAUUAAGUGAUGAUGAAUUUACUGAGAUAGCUAAAGGAUUGGAAUUAUCUAGCUUUCCGUUUCUUUGGAUUGUGAAGAACCAUGAUAAACAUGAUUGGUUUGUUGAGAAUGAUUCAAAUAAGAAUGGAUUGAUUUGGAAUAAUUGGGCACCACAGUUGAGAAUCUUAUCACAUGAGUCAAUUGGAGGAUUCUUGACACAUUGCGGUUGGAGUUCAGUGAUUGAGAGUCUUCAAGUUGGGUGUCCACUUAUUAUGUUACCUUUCCAUAAUGAACAAGGUUUAGUUGCUAGACUUAUGGAAGAAAAGAUGGUUGGGGUAAAGGUAGACAGAAAUGAUGAGAAAUUCAGUAGGGAUUCAGUGGCUAAAGCAUUGAGAUUGGUGAUGGUAGAGGCAGAGGGAAAGACUUAUAGAAGUAAAGCUGAAGAGAUGAGGAAGAUAGUAGGAGACAAGGAGCUGCACCAAAAAUAUAUAGAUAAAUUUGUUGAUUAUGUGGAGCUCAAUAUCCCUGCUUCUAAGCAUUAA